GCUGCCGGACUCGGUUUUGCAGCUGCUGGUGCCGCCGCCGGAUCGCUGCGCUCCGCUUUCCUGCUCGGCUCUUGGCAGCGCCCGCCCGGCUGCGGGAAGAACCCGGCAGCCCCGCACCCCAGCCCCGCGGAGCCCCCCAGAGUUAUGUCAUGCCCAGACCACCGCAGGGCUCCAUGAGGAUUUAUAGAAAAUGCCCCGGAUCUUGGCGCCUCUGGUGCUCUUUUUGGUGUGGCUAAUGAAGAUCGAAGCCGGCCCCCACUCUCUGAGGAUUGCUGCCAUUUUGGACGACCCAAUGGAGUGCAGCAGAGGCGAAAGGCUGUCCAUCACGCUGGCCAAAAACAGGAUCAACCGAGCUCCAGAGCGGGUGGGGAAAGCCAAAGUGGAAGUGGACAUUUUUGAGCUCUUGCGAGACAGCGAGUACGAGACCGCCGAGACCAUGUGCCAGAUCCUUCCAAAAGGCGUGGUAGCAGUCCUGGGACCAUCAUCAAGUCCUGCUUCCAGCUCCAUCAUCAGCAAUAUCUGUGGAGAGAAAGAGGUCCCCCAUUUCAAAGUGGCCCCAGAAGAAUUUCUCAAGCUGCAGUUCCAGAGAUUCACCACCCUGAACCUCCACCCCAGUAACACGGACAUUAGUGUGGCUGUCGCUGGCAUCCUGAACUUCUUUAACUGCACCACUGCCUGCCUCAUUUGUGCCAAAGCUGAAUGCCUUUUAAACUUGGAGAAGUUGCUCCGUCAGUUCCUUAUCUCCAGGGAAACGCUCUCGGUCCGGAUGUUGGACGACAGCUGGGACCCGACGCCGCUGCUGAAGGAGAUCAGGGAUGACAAGACAGGCACCAUCAUUGUCCAUGCCAACGCUUCCAUGUCGCACAUCAUCCUUCAGAAAGCAGCGGAACUGGGAAUGGUGUCGGCCUAUUACACAUACAUCUUCACUAAUCUGGAGUUUUCCCUUCAGCGACUGGACAGCCUUCUGGAUGACCGAGUUAACAUCUUAGGAUUUUCUAUUUUCAAUCAGUCCCACGCUUUCUUCCAAGAGUUUGCACAGAGUCUCAACCAGUCUUGGCAAGAGAACUGUGACCAUAUACCAUUUACUGGACCAGCGCUUUCAUCUGCUUUGUUGUUUGAUGCCGCCUAUGCUGUGGUGAGUGCCGUGCAGGAGCUAAACCGGAGCCAGGAGAUCGGAGUGAAGCCCCUGUCCUGUGGAUCGGCCCAGAUCUGGCAGCAUGGCACAAGCCUGAUGAACUAUCUGAGAAUGGUAGAAUUGGAAGGUCUCACCGGCCACAUAGAAUUCAACAGCAAAGGCCAACGAUCCAACUAUGCCCUGAAAAUCCUGCAGUACACACGGAACGGCUUCAGACAGAUUGGUCACUGGCACGUUACCAAAGGCCUGACAAUGGACGACCAACUCUUCUCUUCUAAUGUUUCAGAAACCCUCUUCAACACCACACUCAUCGUCACCACCAUCCUGGAAAACCCUUACUUAAUGCUCAAGGGGAACCAUCAAGAGCUGGAAGGGAAUGACCGCUACGAAGGCUUCUGCGUGGACAUGCUGAAAGAGUUGGCGGAGAUCCUCCACUUCAACUACAAGAUCCAUCUGGUGGGCGAUGGAGUCUAUGGCGUCCCAGAAGCAAAUGGCACCUGGACCGGGAUGGUCGGGGAGCUGAUUGCUCGGAAAGCUGAUUUAGCAGUCGCCGGACUGACGAUUACGGCUGAGCGGGAGAAGGUGAUUGAUUUCUCAAAACCAUUCAUGACUCUGGGGAUCAGCAUUCUCUACCGAGUUCACAUGGGGCGUAAGCCUGGCUACUUCUCUUUCCUGGAUCCCUUUUCUCCUGGCGUCUGGCUCUUCAUGUUACUUGCCUACCUCGCAGUCAGCUGUGUCCUCUUCUUGGUGGCCAGGUUAACACCUUACGAGUGGUACAGCCCUUACCCAUGUUCCCAAGGGAGAUGCAACCUGCUAGUAAACCAGUAUUCUCUUGGCAACAGCCUGUGGUUUCCCGUGGGCGGAUUCAUGCAGCAGGGGUCUACCAUUGCCCCUCGGGCUCUGUCCACACGUUGUGUCAGUGGAGUCUGGUGGGCCUUCACCUUGAUCAUCAUCUCCUCCUACACGGCCAACUUGGCAGCCUUCCUCACUGUGCAGCGCAUGGAUGUGCCAAUUGAAUCCGUAGACGACCUUGCGGACCAGACCGCCAUUGAGUACGGCACCAUCCACGGAGGCUCCAGCAUGACUUUUUUUCAGAACUCCCGGUACCAGACGUACCAGAGGAUGUGGAAUUACAUGUAUUCCAAACAGCCAAGUGUCUUUGUCAAGAGCACGGAAGAAGGGAUCGCGCGGGUGCUCAACUCCAAUUACGCGUUCCUGCUGGAGUCCACCAUGAACGAGUAUUACCGUCAGCGCAAUUGCAACCUCACGCAGGUCGGGGGCCUUCUGGACACCAAGGGCUACGGGAUUGGCAUGCCAGUCGGUUCUGUUUUCCGCGACGAGUUUGACUUGGCCAUUCUGCAGUUACAGGAGAACAACCGCCUGGAGAUCCUGAAGCGGAAAUGGUGGGAGGGAGGGAAGUGCCCCAAAGAGGAGGACCAUCGAGCCAAAGGGCUGGGAAUGGAGAAUAUAGGUGGAAUCUUUGUGGUUCUGAUAUGUGGUUUAAUCGUAGCGAUUUUUAUGGCAAUGCUGGAAUUCUUAUGGAACCUUCGACAUUCUGAACACUCCGAGGUGUCCGUCUGUCAGGAGAUGGUGACGGAGCUACGGAGCAUCAUUCUUUGCAAGGACAGUUUCCCACCCCUCGCCGGGAGGAGGCGAAGACUAUACUUAACUUCGCCCUGCUAUCCAAGAAGAACGGAGAGCCACGUGACCACCCUGGCAACGCUCAGCACCAGCAAGCUUUCCUGUGGGGAGGCGACCCGGAUCCGGCUGGAACAGAGAUUGGCUCAGAGAGGCUGUCCCCUGGUAGCUUUCGAGGUUGCACGACAUCAGGGUGUGUCCCGAGUGUCGCGGUUCCAGGGACUCCGGGCACGGCCAGGCCCCGGGUCCCCUGCCCAAAGCGACGAGAGCUUGGAAUGGGAGAAGGUUACAAACAGCAGCGAGCCCGAAUAAAACGGGCAGGGAUGCAACCGAAGCUAAUGUUCCAUUUUACAGAACAUGAGACUUGUACACAGUGUUGAACUAUUUUUAAAUUAAUAAAGCAGUUCCCCCAGCUUCCCAAGGGCAAAUCAAAGCUUUGGGCUGGGGGUUGAGCCCGAAUGGGAACUUUUUGUUACCUGUCUUGUAUGAGAGAGUGUCUUAUUCAUUUGGGCCUCGAAGCACUUUCGGAGGAAGCCCCUCUGGGCCAGGCUUCGUCCUGGGAGGGCCCUUCCUCAGUGGCUUCCCACGCAGAAACCAGAGGUGUGCAUAGGGAAGGUUACGUAGGAUACAACAAGACUCACAGUAUGGAAAAUGCACUCCUCUAAACCGAGUGAUGAGAUAAUCUUGCCACCAUUCAUGGAGGGGAUUCCUUUGGAGGUGGGAGAAGGGAAGGGUAAUCUAUUUUAUUUUGGUAGUUCAAGAUCUAGAGGGGUCUGGCACCAGGUGAGUUCAUGAGCCAAACUCAUACAUUCUCAAAGGUGAAGGUGACAGUUAGAGGAGAGGCCUCCGCAUGGAAGGAGCUGCUGACGAAGGAAAGCCCACUCAAGGAGUUAUCAAUACCAAAAACCAACAAACGCCAGUUGAACUCAAGAGGCCUUCAAACAGAAUGUCAAGGGUCCUGUCUUCUUUUUUAAAAAAUACUUCUUACGUGUGUGUCUGUGUGUGUGUGUGAUGGCAUUGGUUUUGAGAAAACUAACAGCGUCAGAAAGAAGUUGUGGGGAAGAGGGGGGAUUCUGCCUUCUCCCACCAGCAGAGGGUGGCAGAACUUAACUAUCCCAGGUUGUCAGCUUCUGAUACACCAUCUUAACACUGUCUUAAGAGAAUGUCACAACUGGAGACUUGUCAUAUCCAUGUUGGGCUCAAUCAUCUUUUUUUUUAAAAAAAAAAAGCAGCCCCACCACACACCAGAUCCUCCUCUGAUCUGCUAGUCUGGUAGUUCUGCUACAGAACAACAUGGCUAUCCUCUGAAACUAACUUCUGAUCCAGAUGUCUUCUUCUAUCUGAGAGUCUCUUUGCUAAUAAGUGUUCUUGAGUGAAGGUCCUGGGCAAAAUGUCCAGAGCAUUUUCUUAAAAGGUUCAGUGGACAGAAUUGGUCAAUCGUCAGGAAAUCCUUCUUAGCUUCAACUCUGCAGAUGUGAGGUUUUUUCCAUGGGAGAGUUUAAUUUCCUGAUUUCUAUGCAAUUACUGAUUGUAAAAUAUCAAGGAGGACUAUCAAGAAGGGAGUCGCAAACAGACAUGGUCAAAAAAAUAUCCUGUUCUUGGUUUUUCUGUUCAUUUGUUUUUUUGAAUGUACUGAAUAAAAUACAUCCUUCUAUAAA